GCUCGCGCCCCUCCAGUACGUUGAGAGACGCGAACAGAGAGUAUCUGAGAGAGGAGGUCGGGCGGAUGGUCAAAUCACACCUACAGACGAUACUGAAUAGCCACUGCUUCGUUAGAGAAAAAGAGAGACACUCCGUCGAGAUGCCCGUCGUCGAGAAUCCCAGUGUCACCUCCGAGAGUGAGAGCAUCUCCAGUCCCCGGAGGUGCUCGCCCCGCAGCAGUCACCUGUGUCCGGGGCCUCAGUGGUGCUCCGAUGCCCCUCACCCACCCCUGAAGAUCCCAGGUGGGCGAGGGAAUGAUCAACGGGAUCGCAAUCUUUCUGCAACGCUUUUCUACUCGGACGCUCAGCUGCUGGUUCUGGAGGAGCCCCUUCCCGCCAACGGCAGGGUGCGCUUCCUCCACUUUGAGCCCCGCCGCGCUGAGUGUAAGAAGUGUGUCUGGAGGGUGGCACUGAAAGGGGGGAACCUCUACAUCGAGAUCCUCCCCGGGCCCCUCCCAGAGGGAAGCAAGGACAGUUUGGCACUUCUGUUGGAGUUUGCGGAGGAGAAGCUGCAGGCUGACCACGUGUUCAUCUGCUUCCACAAGAACCGGGACGACCGAGCUACCCUGGUGCGCACCUUCAGUUUCCUGGGCUUUGAGAUUGUGAGACCGGGUCACCCCCUCGUCCCGGCCCGUCCUGAGGCCUUCUUCAUGGCCUACACUAUGGAGAGGGACUCUUCUGACGAUGAUUAAGUGACCCCAUUUACCAUUCUAACUGUUGUUGUUUUUGUUUGGCUUCAGAAUCCCCCCCCCCCCCGUUUUAAAUUUGUAAUGUUGGUGAAGGUUAAUAUACUUCCCGCUCAGUGUUUAUUUUUCUCUCCUGUGAAAGGCGUUCAGGUUUGUUUUGAUUUCUAGCUACCAUCUGCUGUAUUGCAAUGAUGAUUAAGAUGUUACAGGCCAGGAAUAUAAAUUAAGCAUCCGUUUGAAAUCAUCCUGUUUUAGUUAUUUUCUCUGUGAUGUGUAGUGCUUCAAUUCCUGUGCAUCACUUUUGAUGCAACCCAAUGAUCAUCUCUACAAGGUCGUCCUAAUGGUGAAAUCCUACAUGUCAUUCAUGUCAUUGACGACUAUUGAUUAAUCUUAAUAUAUAUUUUUUUCAAUAUGUGCAUGGAUUUCAAUUUGUUCAGGUUCUCUGGUCAGAAAUGUGCUUGUUGUAACUGUUCUAAAUAAAAAUGGUCACUUGGGAUUGGAAA